CGCUUUGUUAGGACUACCAGUCUGGGAGGACGCCUCGACAUGGGGGCGAUCAUGGCACGUCGGGGAGCCGUGCCAAUGGACGGCGGCGACGCUGGUGCAGGCGGCGACGCGGCGUUCCACACGCACGUGAUGCGGCUGUUCAAGCGGCGCUGCUCGGACCCGAGCCCGCAGCUGGUGUCGCUGAGCCCGCUCAGCCAGGACGCGUGUGAGUCGCAGCCGGCGACUCCCGACUGCUCGCUGGACCAGCCGCCGCCGCUGGGCGCCGCCACGGGGCACCAGGCAGGGGCGGCGGCGGGCACCGGCCUGGCGACGUGGGGCAAGAAGGUGGGCCGCAAGUGGGAGCAGCUGAAGCGCAGCGACUCGUCGGAGCUGCUGGCGGUGGCGCCCGGCCGCAGGCGCCACUGGUCCCCGGGCAAGGCCGGCCGCCGCAUCUCCAGGGUCGAGUCGCUGCGCAGCCUCUUCGUGCGCGACGAGCGAUCCAAGCAGCAGCAGCAACGUGUGGCUCCUGCCGCUGCCGCCGCCGCUAACUCGAGGAAGGACGCGGAAUGGGUUAAGGAGGAAUGUAGGCGUGGACUGGCAGAUCUUUACCAGCUGAAUGCUCUUUUGCUGGAUGAGCAACAGGUGUUGGACUAUUUGGCAGCUGCUGGUGGCUCUGGCCGCACAUUGAGUUGUGAGGACCUGCUAGCCAGCUUGCAGCAACACAAGGCAAUGGCAAAUGGUGGCUGCCCUGUUCCGCCUUCACAGCCUGCAGCACCAGCUUCAAAUGCUGGUCGUAAGUUGGCUGUGCUAACAGAGGAGACAACAGUUAGCUCUCCUCGUGUACGACGAAGGGGGAAUAGCUGUGAUGAUCUGCUGGCUGCUGGAUGUGAUGAUCCAGAGCCAAGGAGGCAAAGGAAUAAGCCAUCAGGAUUUCGUGCUGGUCGUACUGUCUCUCUCACAAAUCCUCCUACACAACCAGUAGCAAAUGGUGUGUUGCCUACUGCAGUAAACGGUAACAAUCUGUCAAUCACAACAGCAAAUGGGCAACAGCUGUCAGUUGAUGAACUGUGUGCAUUCCUGAGUAAUUUACUUGCUGUAAAAUCUGAUGAGAGUGGUUAUGAAAGUGAUUCAACGCGAGCUGGUUCAGAUUCUCCUCGAGGUUCCAUAAAGUCUGCUGCAUCAGAUUUUCCUACAAUGAUUAAUGGAAAUCAUAUACAAGCAAUAUUUGGUAGUGUACAACCUAGGCAGCCAUUGCAACAUCAGCGAUCAAAUGCAUCGUCUUUAGCCGAACAAGAUGAUGAGACUAAAACUACAAAGUCUAUGAACUGUGAUGAUGAUGCUGCUAUUCCAGAUGAUGUUUUUGAAGAAGAAGAGGAACAUUGUGAUAAUGUUAAUAUAGUUGAAAAUGGGACAGAUGAGAAGUUGUCAUUCUCUCGACAGAGAAAUGCUCGGAUUAAUAUGGGAAUUCGCCGAGGUGACGUGAAGACACUCGGUGGCCGUAAGACUGGAAGUGUUGUUGGUGGUAAUGUAAAUGACACUGAACAACAGUCACUCCUCUGUGACCGAUGCAAACCACAAAAACAGCAACAACCAAUGCAGAAUUCCCAACACACACAAGAAAGAGAAUUUAAGUGUAUUCGAUUCGCCAAGGAUGAUUCUGGUGAGCUAGGAGUUUACAUUGAGAAGAAAGAUCCUAGUGCGAGGUCAACAUGUUACAUAAUUUCCCAUAUUGAACCAGGAGGACCCAUUGACAGGGAUGGAAGAUUUCAAAUUGGUGAUGAACUUGUAAAAGUCAAUGGUCGUAGGCUCCGUGGUCUCACACUGGUAGAAGCUCGUGCCACAUUAAAGAAUACGCCAAAAGAUGUAGAUAUAGUUGUAGCACGUAAAGUUUCUCCUGGAUCUGAAUGUGUAUCUAGUCCUGCAGAACCACCCACAGCUGAGGUGCCCAAAUCAGAAUCAAGAGUUCCUCUCUCCUCAGCACAGCAGUUAACUGGAAUGAAAAAGUUCUCACAGCAUUUCGAUGCUAAUCCACGCCCAAGAAGACCUACCGCAGGAGCUCCACAAGGUUCUACUGACAGUAGGAGGACUAUAGGGGGUUCUGCUGUUAGUGGUGGCAACAGCAGUAGUGGUGGUGGUGGUACAUUGCCACGAAGACCAAAAUCACUUUCCAUGCAACUCUUCACUGUCACAUUUCAGAAAGGUCCUGGGAAGAAAUCUCUGGGAUUCAGUGUGGUUGGUGGACAGGAUUCUCCGAAAGGUAGCAUGGGAAUAUUUGUGAAGACUGUGUUCUUGACUGGACAAGCUGCAGAAGAGGGCACUCUAAGAGAAGGAGAUGAAAUUCUUGCUGUAAAUGGAAACCCACUGCAGGGCUUGACACAUGCAGAAGCUAUUAACGUAUUCAAAAACAUCAAGUCUGGAGAGGUGGUAUUGCAUGUUGGUCGCAGGGAUCCUCAACAACGCAGAGCCAACAAAUCAAAAUCUUGUGAUGAUCUGGACAAAUUCAAUGGCUGACAAAAAUAUCUCAGUACUCCACAAAGACGAUCUGAUUAAUCACACCAUGAAACAUAGUUACUAGCAAGUGUGAUAUCCUAAAGAGAAGCUUGACCUUUUGCAUUCAUGUGUGAAAUAUAUAAUGCAAAUGCUGCCAAAUAUUUAACGAGUUAGACAAAAUAACAGAUAAUUCUGUAGCUUUAAAUGACUUUUUGUGUGUCCUUUAAUUCUGUUAAGUUUUUGUAAUUAUGUAAAAAGUUUUUCUAUUUGAAAAUAGUAGACUGUUGUACAUAGGUUUUAACAUUUUAAUGAAAAUAAGGUGUAUUAUAUAUAGGCAUUAUACCAAAUAAAACAAAUGUAACAUUUUAAAUAUUUAAUUUUGUGGCAGAAGACAAAAAGAUACCAAUUAGAAUUCUCUGUAUAUUGUAGCAGGAAUGUACCAGAGUCACUGUCAUGAUAAAUUGUUAAUGGGCAUAAAAGAAAAGCACACCAUGUAAUUACUAUGUAUUACAAACUGCGCAAGUGAUAGUUUGAAUUUUGUCUUUCAGUAAAAGUGAAAAAUAAUUUACUUCCAAUAAAAAGUAAAUGGAAUAGUA